GGGGACACUCAACAUGGAAAAACUCUGCAGUGAAAAUGAAGGAAAGCCUGAGAACCAAGGCAAGAUGGAAAACAAAGAACAGCCACUGGAUGUGGGAAAGCCGGGAGUAGCUUGUACUGUGGAAGACAAGGAAAAGUUAGAAAACAAGGGAAGGACUGAUUUCAAGGGAAAGGCAGAAGAUGAGGAAGUACUAAAGGAUAAGGAAAAGCCAGAGAGUGAGGCAAAGCCAAAAGAAGGAAAUCCAGAGAGCCAAGGAAAGCCAGUGAGUGAGGGAAAACCAAAAGAAGGAAAACCAGAGAGUGAGGGAAAGCCAGUAAGUGAGGGAAAGCCAGUGAGCGAGGGAAAGCCAAAAGAAGAAAAGCCAGCCAGCGAACCAAGGGCUGCAGGAAAGCGCCCAGCUGGGGAUGAUGUACCCAGGAAGGCCAAAAGAAAAACCAACAAGGGGCUGGCUCAGUGUCUCAAGGAAUACAAGGAGGCCAUACACGAUAUGCAUUUGAGCAAUGAAGAGAUGAUAAGAGAAUUUGACGAGAUGGCCAGGGUGGAGGAUGAGGUGAAGAAAACCAGACAGAAACUGGGGGGGUUUAUGUGGAUGCAAAAAAGUUUACAGGACCCCUUCCACCCGAGGGGCCCAAGGGAACUCAGGGGUGGCUGCAGGGCCACACAAAGGGGCUUUGAAGACAUUCCUUUUGUGUAAU